CAGAUGUUUAGUCGUUCGUUUAAAUGACCCAUAGCCGAUUCAGGAAUACUUCUGUAAUACAGUGUUGAAGAUAUUUCCAUUUUAUACUUAAUGUAAUUACUUUAUUUUGUUUCUUUUUUAAAAAGUAAUUACGUGAUACACGUUGAUAAACAAAAGUAACCCUUGGAACUUCAUUUAAUUUAUUUAUUUUCGUAAAAGAAAUUUAGAAAAAGAUUUGCCUCGCCAAGAAUCGUUGGUGAAUGGACUACAAUUUUUUAGUGUAAAGUUUUUUUUUAAUUAUUAAUAUUAUUACUAUUACACGAAUAAUUUUUUUAUAAUUAUGUCGAAUUUAAAAUAUAUGAAAGAAUUAAAUAACAUAACCCGAAUGGAUGAAGCUAUAAAAGGACCAGUCCCACGUUGGCAAAGAAAAUCUUCAGAGAUUCCAAAUACAAGUAAUAUUAGUAUUAACUCAUCACUCAAAGCUAUGUCUGGAUCUUUUGUGAAUACAACUAUUGGAAAGACCCCAACGAAAAAGAAUGAUUCCAAAAAUAAAAAGACACCGUCUAAAGUAAAUAAAAAAUCUCCUGGUCGUAACAUCAAUACACCCAAUGGUGGAGACAGAUUUAUUCCUUGCAGAGCGACAACAAAUUUUGAUUUAGGCUAUUAUAAGAUUCAACAACAACAACAGCAACAACAAACGGACCAAGAUGGCGAGAAAGGAGAUAACAUAAGUCCUUCAAAAAAAGAAAUGCAACGUUUGAUAGGAGAAAAUUUACAUGGUGGUGAUAUUAAUAAUAUGAGAGUUCUGUCGUAUCAAAAUAAAGCGCCAGCUCCACCCGAAGGAUAUCAGAAUCCAUUAAGAGUUGUUUAUAGUCAAACAAAAACACCGGCUAGUGUUAAAGCUUCUAUAAGGUAUAUUCCGCAAACUCCUGAUCGAAUAUUGGAUGCUCCUGAUAUUAUAGAUGACUAUUAUUUAAAUCUUAUCGAUUGGUCAGAAAGUAAUGUUUUAGCUGUAGCUUUAGGUAAUAGCGUAUAUUUAUGGGAUGCUGGAUCAGGCACUAUAGCUCAAUUAUUUGAAUUAGAAAGCAACGAUUACGUAUGUUCUGUAGCGUGGAUUCAGGAAGGUCCAUAUUUAGCAAUUGGUACAACAGUAGGUAAUACAGAAUUAUGGGAUUGUAGUGAAGUUAAAAGAGUUCGUGUAAUGAAUGGUCAUGCUGUAAGAGUUGGUUCACUUGCCUGGAAUUCUCACAUUUUAACAAGUGGCUGCAGAGGAGGACAAAUAAUUCAUCACGAUGUCAGACAACGUCAGCACCUAAUAUCCUCUAUAAAUGCACACUCUCAAGAAGUAUGCGGUUUGAAAUGGUCUCCAGACGGAAAAUAUUUAGCUAGCGGUGGCAAUGACAAUAUGCUUAAUAUAUGGCCAGUAGUUUCAGGACAAAAUCAUUCUCAAACUCAACCCCUUUAUUCAAUGAAUCAACAUCAAGCUGCAGUAAAAGCACUCGCGUGGUGUCCUUGGCAAAAUAAUAUUUUAGCUAGUGGUGGCGGUACUGCAGACAGAAUGAUUAAAUUUUGGAAUUGUAAUACGGGAGCCUGUUUGAAUAGCAUAGAUACAAAAUCACAAGUAUGUUCACUGCUUUGGUCUUCGACGUACAAAGAAAUAAUCUCAGGUCAUGGUUAUGCUCAAAAUCAAUUAACAAUAUGGAAAUAUCCAGGAAUGACUAAAGUUGCUGAAUUAACUGGACAUUCGAGUCGCGUAUUACAUUUAGCAAUGUCUCCAGAUGGUACUACAGUUCUUAGUGCAGGUGCUGAUGAAACAUUGAGAUUAUGGAAAUGUUUUCUACCUGAUCCACAUAAGAAGAAAGAUUUUAGUGAUAUCAAAUCUAUGCCAUCCAAAUUAAAACAAUCGAUUAGAUAAAAUGAAAUAUUAUAUUUUUUUUAAAU